GAACCAAUGGAUCCGAAGCCUUCUUUUCUAAUGGGAUUCUUUAGCGAGGACACUAUCGAGGCGCGACUUCCUGACGCGCAUCCGAUCCGGGAAGGCGCACUUCCGCUCCCCAGUUGCCGCGGGAUGGCAGGCCGGCGUGGGGGAAGGGAGAGAUCGGCGGAGACGAGGGAGGGACCAUAUCCGGGAGAGUGGCAGCUUCCGACCAGUGGUCGCGCUUCCGGAGAGGCGCUUCCGGUGGCGGCGGCAGCAGCGGCUGUGGUGGUUCCGGGUGUCUUUGUCCCCCCGGUGUCGCUGCCCUGGCCCGCAGGUGGGUUAGGGGGCCCCUCGCCGCCCAUCUGUCCCGUCGCCCCUCCGUCCCUCCGCUGACCGAGGGACUGCGAGGGCCGGGCGGCGAAGAUGCGUGGGGCGCGGAAGGGGCCGAGCCCCUCUUUGGACUGCAAGUCCCGUCUCCCUGGCAACGGCCUCGGCCUUGGGGGCGGGCGGGAGGAGGAGAAACCGCGCGCCUCAGUCCUCCCUCGGUGGCCUCGCCGCGGCCCUGCCGGGAGACCUGGCGCUGGCGGCUGCUGAGGCCGGAGCGGAGGGCCCGGGAGCGUGGGAGCAGGAGGGUGGCGCGCAGCCGGUUUCGCGUUCGGUCGGCCAGGGAGCUGCCUUCCCACCAGCCGGUCGAGGAAACAACGGGUCGGGCUUCCGGGGAGAGGGCUCACACCAUCUCCUCGCCGGCACCGGUCUCCUCCAUUUUUCCGGGCCCUGCGUGGAGGGUUUUGGCGGAUGUUUUUGAAUGAAGGAAUGUCAUCGGGGCUCUCUCCAGCCCCUCACCCCGCCAACUACUCUGGGGGUGGCGUGGCAUAGUGAGAGGAGCGCUAAGUUGUUGGGUGGCCUGGGUGCUUUUCCCCACGACUCUGAAAGAGGACAGCGUUCCCAAUGUCCCAGUUUAAGCGCCAGCGGAUCAACCCACUUCCAGGGGGACGCAACUUCUCAGGCACAGCUUCAACAUCUCUUCUGGGCCCUCCUCCUGGUUUGCUCACUCCUCCUGUGGCCACAGAACUGUCCCAGAAUGCCAGGCACCUUCAGGGUGGGGAGAAACAGCGGGUCUUCACUGGUAUUGUUACCAGCUUGCAUGACUACUUUGGGGUUGUGGAUGAAGAGGUCUUUUUUCAGCUAAGUGUGGUGAAGGGCCGGCUGCCCCAGCUGGGUGAGAAGGUGCUGGUGAAGGCUGCAUACAACCCAGGCCAGGCAGUGCCCUGGAAUGCUGUCAAGGUGCAAACGCUCUCCAACCAGCCCCUACUGAAGUCCCCAGCACCUCCCCUUCUGCAUGUAGCAGCCCUGGGCCAGAAGCAAGGGAUCCUGGGAGCUCAGCCUCAGUUGAUCUUCCAGCCUCACCGGAUUCCCCCACUCUUUCCUCAGAAGCCUCUGAGUCUCUUCCAGACAUCCCACACACUUCACCUGAGCCACCUGAACAGAUUUCCUGCCCGGGGCCCUCAUGGACGGUUGGAUCAGGGCCGAAGCGAUGACUAUGACUCCAAGAAACGCAAACAGCGGGCUGCUGGAGAGCCCUGGGGUGCUAAGAAGCCAAGGCAUGACCUGCCUCCUUACCGGGUCCACCUCACUCCCUACACUGUGGACAGCCCCGUCUGUGACUUCCUAGAACUCCAGCGUCGUUACCGCAGCCUCCUGGUCCCCUCAGAUUUUCUGUCCGUGCAUCUGAGUUGGCUGUCAGCCUUCCCUCUGAGCCAACCCUUUUCCCUCCAUCACCCGAGCCGGAUCCAGGUCUCUUCUGAAAAGGAGGCAGCUCCAGAUGCUGGUGCUGAGCCCAUCCCUGCAGACAGUGACCCCGCUUAUAGUUCCAAGGUACUACUGCUCUCUUCCCCGGGGUUGGAGGAAUUGUAUCGUUGUUGCAUGCUCUUUGUGGAUGACAUGGCUGAGCCAAGGGAGACGCCAGAGCAUCCUCUGAAGCAGAUUAAGUUUUUGCUGGGCAGAAAAGAAGAAGAGGCAGUGCUGGUUGGGGGUGAAUGGUCUCCUUCCCUGGAUGGCCUCGACCCCCAGGCUGACCCACAGGUGCUGGUGCGCACCGCCAUCCGCUGUGCGCAGGCCCAGACCGGCAUUGACUUGAGUGGCUGCACCAAGUGGUGGCGCUUUGCCGAGUUUCAGUACCUGCAGCCGGGACCCCCCCGGCGGCUCCAGACAGUGGUGGUGUACCUGCCGGACGUCUGGACCAUCAUGCCUACUUUGGAGGAGUGGGAGGCCCUGUGCCAGCAGAAAGCUGCAGAGGCAGCUCCUUCGACCCAGGAGGUACCAGGGGAAAUGGAGCCUACUGAACAGGCACCAGACGCCUUGGAGCAAGCAGCAGACACUUCUAGACGGAACGCAGAAACUUCAGAGGCCAGCACACAGCAGGAAACGGACACUGAUCUCCCAGAGGCCCCUCCACCCCCGCUAGAACCUGCUGUCAUCGCACGCCCUGGCUGUGUGAACCUGUCCCUCCAUGGGAUUGUGGAGGAUCGGAGGCCAAAAGAAAGGAUCUCUUUUGAGGUGAUGGUGCUGGCUGAGCUGUUUCUGGAGAUGCUCCAGAGGGAUUUUGGCUAUAGGGUUUAUAAGAUGCUGCUGAGCCUUCCUGAAAAGGUCGUGUCCCCACCUGAACCUGAGAAGGAGGAAGCGGCCAAGGAGGAAGCCACCAAGGAGGAAGAAGCCAUCAAAGAGGAGGUGGUCAAGGAGCCCAAGGAUGAGGCACAGAAUGAGGGCCCGGCUGCCGAGUCAGAGCCCCCACUGAAGGAGGAUGGGCUUUUGCCCAAACCACCCUCUUCUGGGGGAGAGGAAGAAGAAAAACCCCGGGGCGAGGCUUCCGAGGACCUGUGUGAGAUGGCCCUGGACCCAGAACUGUUGCUUCUGAGGGAUGAUGGAGAGGAGGAGUUUGCAGGAGCAAAGCUGGAGGAUUCGGAGGUCCGGUCCGUUGCCUCAAACCAGUCAGAGAUGGAGUUCUCUUCACUUCAGGACAUGCCCAAGGAGCUGGAUCCCUCUGCUGUGCUCCCCUUGGACUGUCUGCUUGCUUUUGUGUUCUUUGAUGCCAACUGGUGUGGCUACUUGCACCGGCGAGACUUGGAGAGGAUCCUCCUUACCCUUGGGAUCCGGCUCAGUGCAGAGCAGGCCAAGCAGCUGGUCAGCAGGGUGGUGACCCAGAACAUCUGCCAGUACCGGAGCCUUCAGUACAGCCGCCAGGAGGGCCUGGACGGUGGCCUUCCCGAGGAGGUGCUCUUUGGAAACCUGGACCUGCUGCCCCCUUCUGGGAAGAGCACGAAGCCAGGUGCCGCCCCUACGGAACACAAAGCCUUGGUGUCCCACAAUGGCAGCCUGAUCAACGUGGGGAGCCUGCUGCAGCGCGCGGAGCAGCAGGACAGUGGCCGGCUCUACCUAGAGAACAAGAUCCACACACUGGAGCUGAAGCUGGAGGAGAGCCAUAACCGUUUCUCAGCCACUGAAGUAACGAAUAAGACGCUGGCGGCAGAGAUGCAGGAGCUGCGAGCCCGGCUGGCGGAGGCUGAGGAGACCGCUCGGAUGGCGGAGCGACAGAAGAGCCAGCUCCAGCGGCUGCUGCAGGAGCUCCGCAGGCGCCUGACCCCCCUGCAGCUGGAGAUCCAGCGGGUGGUGGAAAAGGCUGACAGCUGGGUGGAGAAAGAGGAGCCGGCACCUAACAACUGACGGCCUCACACGGAACUGCCAUCCUGUGAGGGCAGCGGUGGCGCUCGGCAAAGUUGGAGCCCUUGCGGUACCAGAAAGCAGCGGGAGCGAGACCUGGGAGCCAGGGCGGGGGUGGCUGACCCCAUGCUCAGCCUCUAGGGGACGGCAGGCCAUCAGGCUGGGGGCUGUGCUAUGUGGGAUGGAUGUGUGAGGAACCCCGGUUCCAGUUAACAACUAAAUACAACAUCUUUUGCACCCCUAGAAUGUCAUAUUGCCCUCAACCUUGGUAUUUCUCCUGGGGCCCUUUUAGUCUUGUGCUGACUUUCUCCUGUCCUUUUCCAGUUUAGAAUAAGACAGGGGAGAAAAAGGCUUUUCAAGUGUGUGACAAGGUCUGAUGUCAGUGAACUGAACUGAAGAGACAGACGUGGAGCCUGGCUGGGGCUAAGCAACCCCUCCUCCGGAUGGCACAGGCUCUGCUAGGUUCCAGAUGCAGGCUCCUGGGGGAAGGGUCUCCCUUGGCCAUCACGGGAAUGGAGUCCAUGCUAGAAAGUGCUCAGUGUUGGGCUGGGUUUGCCAAUAGAACACUGUGUUCAGUCACCCCAGAUUUGCCAGAAGAAACCAGCACCUCUUUCCCGUGGCUCCUGUGUUCAGAAUGUGGUAUUGGCUCUGGCCCAGCCUUCUCCCCUGUUACCCAUAAUUCUUGCCUCUUUCCAUAAUCCGUGGUUUCAGUUUGACUUUGUAUAUAAAGUUGGGUUUUUUUUUUUUUUUUUUUUGGCUUGUUUUUUAAAUAAACCAAAGUCAAAAACAAA